CAAGACUGCACAUAUCGAGCCUCGUUUUGAAAGCGACAAAACAAAAAUUGUUUGGAAGAAGUAUCACUGUACUGAUAUAUUUACUUAACGAGUACAAUGCUAUAUUUUAUGGACAUGACAACGUGAUAAAUAAAGACCUGAUUAUAUGAAGGAACGAGAAAACCAACAACAUGGCAGCAAUCGUCGAAGGUCUUACACUUUUCGUUCGUGGAAUUAUUCAUUCUGGAAAAUUGACAAUGAAUUUUUUGUCUGCAAGUUUCCAACUGAAUUACAACAUAGUUUCAAAAAUAGUAAGAUCAUCAGCAGAAGCUAUCAAUUCUACUAGAAUCCUUAUAGUGUCUCUAUGCAAUGCCUGUAUCGAUGUGAGCUACUAUAUCAUGGAGUUUAUCUUUGAACUUAUGAAUUUUUCUGGUGCGUCUAUCAGACUCUUUGGCAAGUUUGUUGGCAUGUGUUGGAAUAUAAUUGUACUAACAUCAGCAGGCAUUGGAGUUGUAUUGAAUGUACUUUGGCAGCUUUUAUUAGGAACUCUACAAAUCUCAUGGUUAUCCAUACUUACCAUUGCUGAAUUUUUAGCUGAUUUACUGUUAACGUUGCUCAAGAUGAUACCAAAAUCAGUAUUACAUAUCAAUCAAGGGGUCUCAUCUAUUAGUAAUUUGACUACAACUGCAUUUACGGAUACAAUGUCAGAUAUCAUACAUGGACUAAACUAUAUGCAUCACUGGACUUUUACAACUGUGAAUGAACAAUAUUCUCGAACGGUCAACCACUUGUCACAAGGUGCUAACACAGCAUAUAGAGAAAUAACAACAAAUGUGCCAAUAGAAGCCUAUGGUGCUCUGUUACUUAUACCAGUAAUGUGCAUUAGUGUAAAGGUUCUAAUUGGAUAUCUACAUGAACAUGGCUAUACAUUUCCAAACAUAAACACGCAACACACUGAACAAGUUCAGUGGAACCCUAAUGAACAUAAUGAUGUUGAAAGUUCUGAUGAUGAUGUGGAUGACAAUGAUAGUACAACCAGCGAUAGUGCCUCUGAUCUCAUAACUAUUGCAUCUUCUAGUGAGUCUAGUGAUGAGGAUGAUGUUCUUCCAAUCAAUGUCCAGCUUCCUCAUCCCCAGCGCCAUCGUCUAACUGCAACCCCUCUUCCAACAGGCGGUAAAGACCCAAAUGAUGUCGAAAGACAGCUUGAGAAUGAGCGUGAUAAACGACUUUGUGUUGUCUGUCAAGAUAAUGUUAAAAAUGUACUUAUUAUGCCUUGUAAACAUAUGUGUCUGUGUGUCACAUGUGCCCAUGCAAUUGUAUCUUCCCGCCUGGUAAACAGAAGGAUAUGUCCGUUGUGCAGGGUGCAGAUUAGAGAAGUCAUGGAUGUGUAUGUGUAGCUACAGCCCAGGAACAUACUAUAGUAUACAGAGAGUCAUGGGUGUAGCCAGCUUUCUGUCAGGGGGAUGUGAUCACCAAAAAGAUUCCGUUUUCAGUCAGGAAGGUGCGAUUGUGGCAUACGCAACAAGCCUUGAAAUUUUUUUUUAAGACUUGUUUUGAAUUUUACAAAAAAUGAUGUAACUUCCUUCAAAAUUGAGCCAGAAGCUCUUUUCUUUUUCUAUCUAUUGAAUCGCCUAUUCUUAUUUGUAGUUGCGUUCGCACCCAUUGCACCCCCCCCUCCUCCCGGCUACACCCAUGGAGAAUGUCCCAUGUAUUUAAAUAUCUUUCAGUAAAAUUGAUAAAUGGACCAAUACAUUAUACCAUAUAUUGUAAUUUGUACCAUAUAAUAGGCUAAUGCUAUUUGUUCUGAAAUAAUGAGCUGGCUGCCAAAAUCAGUUGACAAGUCCUGUUCUGACCCAGCUCUUAUUUUACGACAUGAUAUGGCACUGUUGAUUUACAUAAGGUUUUGGUGAAUUGAAAAUGUUUGCUUGUCACUCAGUCUGACUUUUAUGUCACCACCGGUAGUGGCAGGUGUCUGUGACAAAUGGCAGGUGGUGACAUUUUGCAUGUUAAAGCCUUGCCUUUGCUAUAAUGA